ACAAGUCCCUUCGUCUCUUCGAGAAAAAUCCACUCCUUCGAGUCAUCGAGUGAUUUCGCGGGGGGGCGCUGGUUCGCGAGGAGCUAGGGUUUGGGAGGGAGCAGCGGAGAAGAUGAUCGAGGUGGUGCUGAACGACAGGCUGGGGAAGAAGGUGCGGGUGAAGUGCAACGAGGACGACACCAUCGGCGACCUGAAGAAGCUCGUCGCGGCGCAGACGGGGACCAGGCCCGAGAAGAUCCGCAUCCAGAAGUGGUACACCAUCUACAAGGACCACAUCACCCUCGGCGACUACGAGAUCCACGACGGCAUGGGCCUCGAGCUCUACUACAACUAGAAUGGGUCAUUCUUCCAGGUAUGGCCCCAUUCGAGUCCUGGUGUAGUUAUUUAUAUGGAACCCAAGGAACCAUACAAGAUUGCUGGAUGUACCAAUGACUGCCGACCUUCAAAUGUGAUGCUAGUCGUACACUAUAUAUAACAUAAUGUUUGUGACCUUUGUGCCAUAAGCCCAUAACCGCUGUAUUUUUAGUUAUGGCAAGUUCGUUCUGAUUAUGAUUUGUACUGCGUGAGAGGUGUGUUGCCCAUCUGCUGCCGGAGUGUAGAUUCAUUUGGUCGAAUGGAAGAGCUUUGGUUCGGUGUGAAA